GGGAGGAGUCACAUCAGGUUGAGUGUUUUUAGCAGAGGUUUUAUUAGAUCAGUCACUGAACCACAGAAGAAAAUGUUUCACAUGUUUGUUUUGUUCUGUUUGUGCUGCUGGAGUCUGACUGGUGUGUUUGGUGCAGAAACAAAUGAAAUACAGUCAGUGUCAGUGAUGGAGGGAGAUUCUGUCACUUUAAAAACUAAUGUUACUGAAUUACAUGGAGAUGAAGACAUAACAUGGAAAUAUGGAGCUGAGAAGGCUCUCAUAGUUAAAAUCAGCAAUGAGAAACAAAUCUUUUCAACAUAUGAUGUUCCUCGUGAUAGAUUCAGAGACAGACUGAAGGUGGAUCAUCAGACUGGAUCUCUGACCAUCACAAACAUCACAACUCAACACGCUGGAGUCUAUGAACAACAGAGAAGGGGAGCGAAACUGUCAUCAAAAACAUUUAAUGUUUCUGUCUAUGAAUCAGAUUCUCUGACAGUGUUGAUCUCUUUUGCUGUUGCUGAAUCUCUGUUGAUUGUCGCUGGAUUUGGGAUCUUCUGCAUCUGCUGGAAAUGUAGAAAAACUGAUCAAGAUGUUCAGAUUUGUGAAGAUGAGAUCACUCAUGUUGUCAUGAUACAUGAGCCAACGUUCUACGAAAGAAAUGCACAUACACUGUUCCAGAAGAAGCCAUUUUACUGUUAAAUGUGUAUCGCUGGCAUACAAGACCUCUGAAAAGAUGAAGAGGAGGAUCAAGUAGACUAUGUGCCUGUUAGCAUAAGAAGAUAAUCAAACUUAAAUCUUUUUUUAAUGUGAUGAUUUUUAAUAGGAAACUCCUGUGAACUUAGAGUUUGAGUCUGUUGUAUUAAUAUUAAGAUUUAUAUUCAUGGGAAUAUGCAUGUCUAUAUAUUUAGGACCUUUCAUGCCUUGAUAAGCCGUGCAAGUUUCAGUACUUAUUUCCAUCAUUAGUGGUGCUAGUGAAGAGCUAUUCUUGUCUAGGCCUAUAUCACAUCCUGUUUUUAUAAAGAUCUUUUUCUUUGUCUGACAAUGCCUUGGAAUCAUUUUAAGAAUAAAUUCAAUGUUUGAUUCAC